CUCUCUCUCUAAAGAGACUGGAGGCUCUCUUCGUUUGCAGGACUUAUAAAUGUGAGCUUUAUACAGAGAUAGCAAACGAGGCCACCACCUCUGAAGGAACGUGGAGCAACUUAGAGGUGGAGCGCCUCUCCGGUGAUCGUCAGUAAAAUGCGCUCACAAGUAUAGAUAUAUAGAGAGAGAUAGAGAGGGAGGGAGAGAGAGGAAUAUGGGUCAGGGACUGAGUUGCGCAGAGAGUCACGAGCACGGGCUCUUCAGGGCAGUGCUAGCCGGGGACUUGAAAACUGUGGAGGCUCUACUGGAGAGAAACCCGGCUCUCUUGCACCACGCCACCGUCUAUGAUCGCCACUCUGCGCUUCACGCAGCGGCCGCCAAUGGCCAGAUCGAGAUAUUGUCCAUGCUUUUGGAUCGAUCUGUAAAUCCAGACGCGUUGAAUCGUCAAAAGCAGACUCCGCUUAUGUUAGCUGUAAUGCACGGCAAUAACUCAUGCGUAAGAAGGCUCCUUGAAGCUGGAGCUAAUAUAUUGAUGUUUGAUUCCCUUAACGGAAGAACCUGUUUGCACUAUGCUGCUUACUACGGCCACGCCGAUUGCCUUCAAGCAAUUCUUUCUGCUGCUCAAUCUAGUACAGUUGCUGUUUCUUGGGGAUUUGCACGGUUUGUGAAUAUUAGAGAUGCUAGGGGAGCAACACCACUGCACUUAGCAGCUCGUCGAAGACGGCCUGAAUGUGUACAUAUUCUGCUAGACAAUGGAGCUCUUGUUUGUGCUUCCACCGGCGGAUACGGCUUCCCGGGAAGUACUCCUCUUCAUCUUGCUGCCAGAGGGGGAUCUCUUGAUUGCAUCCGUGAGUUGUUAGCAUGGGGUGCGGAUCGUUUUCAAAGAGAUGCAUCUGGGAGGAUACCGUAUGUGGUUGCUUUGAAGCGCAAGCAUGGAGCAUGUGCAGCCUUGCUAAAUCCUUCAUCCACAGAGCCUCUUGUCUGGCCAUCACCUUUGAAGUUCAUCGGUGAGCUUAAUCAGGAGGCUAAAGCUCUGUUAGAACAGGCCUUGAUGGAGGCAAACAAAGAGAGGGAGAAGACCAUCUUAAAGGGAACUGCAUACUCUCUUCCGUCUCCAUCUUCAUCUCAUUCUGAUAUUGGGGUGGAGGACAACAUUUCUGAGGUCAGCGAUACCGAGCUAUGCUGCAUAUGCUUUGAGCAGGUGUGCACAAUUGAAGUCCAAGAUUGUGGACACCAAAUGUGUGCACAUUGCACUCUAGCGCUUUGCUGCCACAACAAACCCAACCCAACCACAGCAUGCCUAAGCCCACCAGUUUGCCCAUUUUGCCGAAGCACAAUUGCCAGACUGGUAGUUGCAAAGAUAAAAAGUUAUGAAGACACUGAGCACAGUAUCGGUGAUAUGAGUUCUUCCAAGUUGAGAAGGUCAAGGAUGUCCCAGAACUUAAGUGAGGGAAGCAGCAGCUUUAAGGGCUUAGCCUCAUUGGGGUCAAUCGGAAAGAUGGGUGGCAGGAACUCUGGACGGAUUGCUGCUGAAAAUGAGUGGGUUGAUAAGCCUUGAUGUUGGCAGGAUUUUUUUUGCAAUCAAAAGAUUUCAUUUGGCGAUCAACGCCAUCACUACCGGAUCCAUUCGUAUGUAUAGAUAGAAAUCCAUAUGUUUUUGUAGUUUUGGGAAAUAAGCAAAGUGAGUUGCAGUUUGGGUUGGGUAAGGCUUUGUUGUGUGGGUCAAGUUGUAAUAUUUCUAUUACUUGGGAUUGAAGAAGUAUCGAUGAUCUUUGAGAGGGGUCUCCCUAA